UUAUUGCAGUCAAUGUUGUCAUCGGUUUGUUGUUGUGUUGACACUAAUAGUAAUAAUAAUAUUAUUAAUAACGAAGUGAUUCACACAUUUUGAUAAUCAGAUGAUCGGUGAACACAACUACUGUUGUCGUCAUCAGCUGUGUUGUUGUCCAACAGAUUGAAACCAAUGUGGAAGCGAUGGUUUGGCAGUUCAUACCGCGUGCAGCCGUACCGGUCACUCAACGACAAUAUUGCCGACAACGUCAUUGUACUGCCAUUUACGUCGAUAGUGGUAACCAUUGUAUUGUUACCGCUGAUGGCGUUUUUCUUGUGCGUGUUCUGGUCACUUGUGUUUGACUUCGAGACGUCCACAUCCACUCACUGCGGUGUCCGCAACUUUUUGCCGUCGAUCAGUGCGGCCAUCGGCGCAUUUUCGCCUCAGAAAUACAUCUGGCGAUUGGCCAUCGGCUUGCAUUCAAUGGCCCGAUAUGUUAUCGCUUACAUGUAUUACAACCGAUUUGACUCGAAACUAGUCUUUACAUUAAACGUCACCGAAAUCACUGCACUUUUAGGCCUAACAUAUGUCUCGUCCACCGAAAACUUUUCAUUUCACUCGAAAGCUUUCGUAACAUUUCUCUUAACGGCUUUCAUGGGAAUGGUUUUGCAUUUAAUUAAAUACAAAAGAAGCAAAUUUAAGAAAUAUAUGACAAUUUUGAACGUAUCGGCGGCACUACUGGCCGUCUAUUUUUAUUUAAGACACAACAACUACUGCGAGACCGGAGUCUAUACCCUAUUCGCUAUUUGCGAGUAUUUAGUCGUCUUAAGCAAUAUGUUGUUUCACUUUCAGGCGUAUUAUGAUUUCAAUCAAAUUGUUAUUGCAAUCACCGAUAGAAGGUAUCAUUCAAUCAAUUAUGCCGUUUAAGACAUUAUUAGUGA